GUCCCAAUUAAUGGAUUCUGACAUGGAUUAUGAAAGGCCAAACGUAGAGACCAUCAAGUGCGUGGUGGUGGGGGACAACGCUGUGGGCAAGACCAGGCUUAUCUGUGCCCGGGCCUGCAAUGCCACCCUCACCCAGUACCAGCUGCUUGCCACCCACGUGCCCACGGUUUGGGCCAUUGACCAGUAUCGGGUAUGCCAAGAGGUGCUGGAACGUUCCCGAGACGUGGUAGACGAUGUGAGCGUGUCUCUCCGCCUCUGGGAUACCUUCGGAGACCACCACAAAGACCGGCGCUUUGCUUAUGGGAGAUCUGAUGUGGUGGUUCUGUGCUUCUCCAUUGCCAACCCCAACUCCCUCCACCAUGUCAAGACCAUGUGGUACCCAGAAAUCAAGCACUUCUGCCCCCGAGCACCUGUCAUCUUGGUGGGCUGCCAGCUGGACCUGCGUUACGCUGACCUGGACGCUGUCAAUAGGGCCAGGAGACCCUGUGCCAAGCCCAUCGAGCCCAAUGAGAUCCUUCCCCCGGAGAAGGGCCGAGAGGUGGCCAAGGAGCUGGGUAUCCCCUACUACGAGACGAGCGUGGUGGCGCAGUUCGGUAUCAAGGAUGUCUUCGACAACGCCAUCCGGGCAGCGCUUAUCUCCCGCCGGCACCUGCAGUUCUGGAAGUCCCACCUCCGCAAUGUGCAGCGGCCCCUGCUGCAGGCGCCUUUCCUGCCCCCCAAGCCGCCGCCCCCGCUCAUUGUGGUGCCUGACCCCCCCUCCAGCAGUGAGGAGUGCCCUGCCCACCUCCUGGAGGACCCGCUGUGUGCAGACGUCAUCCUUGUGCUUCAGGAGCGGGUGCGCAUCUUCGCCCACAAGAUCUACCUCUCCACAUCCUCCUCCAAGUUCUACGACCUGUUCCUCAUGGACCUGAGUGAGGGGGAGCUGGGGGGACCCUCGGGGUCAGGGGGUCCCCACUCAGAGGACCACCGGGGUCACCCUGAUCAACACCACCACCAUCACCACCACCACCACCACCAUGGCCGGGACUUCCUGCUCCGGGCAGCCAGCUUUGACGUGUGUGAGAGCGUGGAGGAGGGCGGGGGCUCUGGGCCUGUUGGGCUCCGGGCAUCCACCAGCGACGGGAUCUUACGGGGCAAUGGGACAGGGUACCUGCCUGGGCGGGGUCGAGUGCUGUCUUCCUGGAGCCGAGCCUUUGUGAGCAUCCAGGAAGAGAUGACAGAAGACCCACUGGCUUAUAAAUCCCGGCUGAUGGUGGUGGUGAAAAUGGACAACUCCAUCCAGCCAGGGCCGUUCCGGGCUGUUCUCAAGUACCUGUACACGGGGGAGCUGGACGAGAACGAGCGAGACCUCAUGCACAUCGCCCACAUUGCUGAACUGCUUGAGGUCUUUGAUCUGCGCAUGAUGGUGGCCAACAUCCUCAACAACGAGGCCUUCAUGAACCAGGAGAUCACCAAGGCCUUCCAUGUCCGCCGGACCAACCGGGUUAAGGAGUGCUUGGCCAAAGGUACCUUCUCAGAUGUGACCUUCAUCCUGGAUGAUGGCACCAUCAGCGCCCACAAGCCCCUGUUGAUUUCUAGCUGUGACUGGAUGGCUGCCAUGUUUGGGGGGCCACUUGUGGAGAGUUCCACCAGGGAGGUGGUAUUUCCUUACACAAGCAAGAGCUGCAUGCGGGCCGUGCUGGAGUACCUGUACACUGGCAUGUUCACCUCCAGCCCCGACCUGGACGACAUGAAACUCAUCAUCCUGGCCAACCGCCUCUGCCUGCCGCACUUGGUCGCCCUCACAGGGGACAGGCCGCCAGCACCAAGGGGAUACGUUUACAUAGCGUGAGAUACGUCGGUGCGUAUUGGGGUUGCGGUGAGGACGUGGAUGUAAAGAGAUGUGUGAGAGGGAUGCUUGGUGGGGUCACCUUAUAGGUCUCUCUAGAGGUUAUUGCGGUGCAGCAAGUGGGCACCAGUAGAUGCCAGGGCUCGAGGUUCUCAGCUUGGCCACACUCAGGCAAGCUUAAGAAGCCAAAAAGAACAGAACACCAUUCCUCAUUCCUACCCUUGCAUCUCCUCUUUUUGCCUUUCGUUUUUCUUUCCCUUUCUCAUUUCCUUCUUCUCUUCUACCUUCACUUUCUCUUUCUUCUUCUAGAAACACAGUAAACAUUGACCUAAUUGUUGGUCACUCUUAAUUCUUUGAUUCCUGGAAGAUCCUGUGAGCUAGAGCUCAGGUUUCAGGAUGGGCCAACCCCAGAGGCUUGGGUGGAGCAGGGACUGCGGCAGGAGGGAGACCAAGGAGCAGCGCUUGGGGUGCCAGGGCAGGAGGAGAGAUGGUGCAGUGCAGAUGAGAAGCCGUCUGGAGCCUGUGGGGCCCGCCGACAGGUGGAGCUCCUGAGCUGGAGUCAGCAUGUGCGUUCCUUUGAUGUUGGUGUUGGUACCUGUACUGGCAUUGAUGUCCAGGUUAAUGUCCUUGGGUGGGUCGGCGGCAGAUAGCAAGGCCUCAGAUACUGAGUUGAGGUUCAGGGAAGGACCUGGUGUCAGAGCUGCUGUGGCCCUCGGCAGAUGAUCAAGACUGGGACUUGGCUAUGAGGGAAGCAGCGAUCCUAUGACGAGAAAUGAAUUGAAAGGUGGCGCUUGGUCCCUGGAAGAGGUGGAAAUGAUUGACCAGAAUCAAAUGUUAAGAGCUGAGCCUGCAGAGGCAGGCCAGGGGACACUGAGGGCUUUAGGGCAGGGAGUAAGAGGCUUCUAGAGAUUUCAGCUGCAGAAUUCCCUGGUGGUCUGGUGGUUAAGGCUGCACUUCCACUGCAGGGGGCAUGGGUUCAAUCCCUGGUCAAGGAACUAAGAUCCUGCAUGCUGAGUGGUGCGACCAAUAAAUAAAUAAAAAAUAAAUAAGAUCAUAGCUGCAACAAUUUGAAAAAGUGGUGCAGCAUUCCCAGAACACAGAAAAUAGUCCAAAACUCUUAGACUAAAUAACUUUUGAAAGACUUGCUACAAAGAAAUGGCCCAAAUGAAAAAAAAAUGUAUUCAGGUGUUUCUUUAAGUUUGUUUCAUCAUAGCAAGCAAUCAGAAACAAGUCAAACAGGCACACUGGUUAAGCACAGGUGGAUGGAUUUUGCAAGGUAGCCAUUAAAAAUGUUACCUCUCACUGCUGCAUGGAAAGGCUUAUAGAAAAUAACAUUGAAUGACCUUUCCUGGGAAAUGCUUCAUAAUCGCUAAAAAACAUAUUUAAAAAAUAUGUUUCUAUGUACCUUGUAAAGGAACAGUGGAAAAUGCCAAGUGUUGUAUAAUAAGUGACAUGUUUUGUGAUAUAAGCUUACUAUGAAGUUAUUAAUUUAAGCUUAAUUUUUAAAAUGUUAAAUAUUGCACGAAAACAUGUAAUAUGUGUUCAUCUUAAUAAACUAUUACAAACCGAAGUGGCCCUUGCUCGCCACACCAGAGCCCCCAGUCUGUCCCUCUCAACCAUAGGCCCUCCCCACCCCAGAGUAACCGUUCUGCCUAUUGCGCUAAGAUUUUAUAACUGCUCUUCCUUACUCUUCUUCAUAGUUAUAUCAUCCAAGUGUACAUCCUGAAACACUGUAGCAUGAUUUUAUUUUUUAUAUAUCUUUUAAGGUUUUUUUAAUCUGUAAGUACCUUGUCUGUUAAAAACAAAAACAGAACUUUCCCUUGCGAUACGUUGGAAAAACCCUCUGAUCCAGGGAACCUAGAGUUUUUUCCUGAUCGCCUUUCUGUAUCCACCAUGUUUCCUUCCUAUCAACUGGCCUUCAGGUCUAGAGGCUAGAUUAGAUCCAGUCUUCUUUUGGUGAGACUACAUUUUGUAGGCUGUUUCUGCUUUUCAUCAAGAAACAUAGAUCAUCUGCUUUUCUCUCUUUUUGUGGUGUUAGCAGCCUUUGAGUUUUAUUGCCUGGAUCCAUUUAUUUAUUAAGUGUUGUGAAAUGGUAAUAUUCCAGGUCUUUUUUUUUCUUUUUUAAUCUGUUAGAAUACUUUCCAAAGGAGGGAAACUUUCCCUCACCUAUGGUUUGAUUUCCCAGUAGAAUAGUUCAUGUAGGAAAGGCAGGUGAAUAUGUGGUAUUUUAAUUUACCAGUUGUUUUUCUUUUCUCUUAUAUUUAUGUACUUAUUUGGCUGCAGUGGAGUCUUAGUGGUGGCAUGAAGGAUCUUCAGUUGCGGCAUGUGGGAUCUAGCUCCCUUACCAGGGGUUGAACCUGGGUCCCCUGCAUUGGAAGUGUAGAGUUUUAGCCACUGGACCAUCAGGGAAGUCCCUGUUUACCAGUUUUCAAGACACACAUUUGUUUCCUAUCAUCCUUUGAGAGUGACCAUUAUUUGUUAUUAAUAUUACAUGUGAUUAUGAAUUUUUGGACUUGAACAUACUCUAUUGGCUUUUAGUUCAGGUCACUUGCUCAGUCGUGUUCGACUCUUUGUGACCCCAUGGACUGCAGCAUGCCAGGCAUCCCUGUCCAUCACCAACUCCUGAAGCCUACUCAAAC